CGCUAGUGUGUGUAGGAAGAACCAGUCCACAUUCUACUGCAUGCUACCCUCUGCAGCUGAGUGACGUCACAGGGAGACUUCCCUUCUACUUCCGCUUACUAGAUUGAACACAUGUAUUAUUAUAUUAUUGCUGUCUGCUGACUUAUAUAUUCAUCAGAUUACAGCGAUCUACAGAUAUUAAAGAAUGGAAGAAGGGUCUCGUUCAGACCAAGAUGUUUUAUCGCUUAGUCCGCACAGUGAGUGGCAUGAUACCCGGUCCGACUGUACAGAUCUUGAUGUGGCGGACUUGAUGGUAAUUGAUGAAGUGGGUCCUGAUGACAGUGAUGCAGGUGCUGGUACUUCUCCUGGGGCCCUAGGCCAUGUUGAAGCACACAGUAGCAUGACAGGUAUGUCACAGAUGAGUUUUUCUAGUCAGCCUUGUCAGGAGGGAGAAUCAGGUGAGACAAAUGAAAGCCAAUCAGAAGGAAGAGUAGUAGUGCCUUCCAAAAAUAGACUACGGAAGUGCCCUGUCUGUGGAAUAAUGUCCAGGGAAAAGACACGUCGUCACAUGAUGAAGACACACCUGCCAUGGUUUUGGUCUGGGUCCACUGCCUGUUGGGAGUGUAGUCGACAAGAGGUACAGGCGUCCUCCUUAGCGCUACGGCACACAGAAGAGCACAGACUUGGAUGUUUCUUUGAUGAGGAACAUCUUCACCUAUGGUGUCAACUGGUGACCGGCUGCCUCCAUCGUAUAAAAUCUUGGUUCGGUUGUGCCAAUCUCGAAGAUCUACUGCAGUACGUCAUUGACAGACAGUUGUAUGAAGGUGUUAAUAGCGGUUUCAAUGAUCAGGAACAGCAACUCUUGGUGUACUAUGCACAGAACUAUAGUCCUGACUGUCUGGUACAUAUCACCGCCAACCCUCCAAAUCACGUCAUUAGCCUUACAAAUUGGGAGAUCAUGGCAAGCUUACUACGACGAGUGGGCUCAGCGCAACAGCAGUCUCUGAUGUCACCUGUGGAGAUUCUCACAUACGAGGGCAGCCCCAUAUUGGACAUUGUGCCAUCACUGCCAGAGCCGUUCGUUUUUGUGGAUAGCCAUUUUCACUUGGAUUUGGUUCUGAAACGACUUCAUUUUAGGACUUUCCUGCAUAUGAAGUCAGCAAUAUCUCCAAAGGAACACAACAACUCAUUUUACUAUGGGAUUGCCAAUUAUGUGUUCCCUGACCAUUGGAAUGAUUGGGCUCUACAGGUAGGACCUGCCCAAGCUGUAUAUGUUUCAUUUGGGAUUCAUCCACAUGUUGCAGCAAAGGGGGUCACCCAAAAGCAGCUGGAAGAACUAGAGUUCCUGCUUGGUAAUCACAAAUGUGUUGCUGUUGGUGAGAUUGGCCUAGAUUUCACAACACGCUGUGACUGCAAGAGGUGCAGAACUCCACAACAGUGCAGGCAGCGGAUGAGGGAAUGCCAGGAGCAGGCAUUCAUGCAGAUGCUGGAGAUGGCACAACGGAUGAAACUGCCUGUCAUAUUACACUGCCGUGAUGAGGGCACUGGAGAAGCAGCAGCCCGUGUGCUGAAAUUGAUAACUGAAAAUUUCCCUGACCUAUGUUACCAUCGCCAUUGUUUUGCUGGGAAUGUGGAGGAGUUGAGGCAGUGGCAAAGCCUGCCUCGCGUAGUAUUUGGCAUCACUGGCAAGUUUAUUAAAGAUGCAAGCAAUGCUUGCAACACAGAUGCCAUAUCCAGAAUCUUGCCACACCAGCUGGUCCUUGAGACAGACUCCCCAUUUCUGACGCCAUGGUCGUGCUGUGCUGUCAACCAUCCAUGGAACUUACGGGAAGUGGCGGUAGCUGUUAGUGAGAGACGCAACGUCCCACUUACUAUCCUAAACUGGACGACAAAUGACAAUGCCCUAAAAUUCUAUGGCAUCCCAAAGCUGCGACAAGAUUCAGCUAGCUGGGGCCCUAGGCCCCGUUAGCUCGUGAAACUUAACAUUGUUUAUUGAAUUAGUAAUGUAAAUAUUUGUUAUCACCAAGGAUGUGUUGAUAACUGCAUAAGUGUAUAUAUAUAUGUAUAGUUUUAUUAAUGUUUUGUAUUACCCUUAUUUUAUCUUGCAUUUGAGUUUCUUUUAUAGUUUGAGAAUGUGCCUGGUUCUACAAGAAUGGGGCGGAUGUGGUGCCGCUAGUGUGUGUAGGAAGAACCAGUCCACAUUCUACUGCAUGCUACCCUCUGCAGCUGAGUGACGUCACAGGGAGACUUCCCUUCUACUUCCGCUUACUAGAUUGAACACAUGUAUUAUUAUAUUAUUGCUGUCUGCUGACUUAUAUAUUCAUCAGAUUACAGCGAUCUACAGAUAUUAAAGGUAUUCUGUUUAUUACACAUACACUUUACUUAUUUGUACCAUA